AUGAUCCUGGAAUCGAUAAAGGGUUUCAUCUUGUUGGACCCGCUACUAACGUCAUACUUGCAAUCAUAUAAUUAUACUGGUAGUCCACUCCAUACUUCCAGGAGACAGAACGUACAAGUACAAUCACCAAGCAAAACAAAGGUCAAUAUCGAAUUGGCGGCUAUUAAGAUUAUAGACGGUAUAUUAAGAGAUGAAAGUAUUGGUACAGAACUACACAAUCUUGAUGAUUUACAAGGCCUACUAGAAGUGGUAUCAAAAGCAUUCAGAUGCAUGUACAGCAGCUUAUCAAAGACACAAGACUAUAUAAAUGUCAUAAAGAAACAUCAAGUUUACGUUAUUAAAUUGAUUGCAUUGAAGAAAAUUGAUGUCUCAUUAACAGAAUUGGGCUUGCUUUAUCAAGUGAUAAAUAAAGUUGUAAAUGUUCAAUCUUUUAUUAAUUGGCAUAAUCCGUCAGCGCUAACCUAUCAGGAAUUACUACGUGGAAUACCUUUUAAUGAGACAUUCCUAGAAUGUCUAGAUGAAAAUCACAAAUUACAAAUCGUGAACUUAACAAUUGCUUUUCAUUUUAUGUGUAUCCAGUGUUUCCUUCAAACAAUUACAUUGAAUCUCAAAUUGAUAAUAUCUAAUAGAGACAGGAACUUAAACUUAUCCAUAUUCGGAGCUAUUGCUCCUUAUUUCUUAUCAAGCGGAAAUUUUUCUCAAUGGCUAACAUAUUCAUAUAGUGAAUUUUCAAAUAAAGACAAGCAUGUUAAUAAUUUAAAUAAAAUGAUUAAUGGUUUUCUCAAGAUUAUUUGCAUACUAGUUACCAAAGUCAACGGUUCGAGUUUAACUGAAUUAUAUUACUAUCAAUCUUUGUUCACCAUAAAAUCAAUUGAAUAUCAGCUUUUAAAGUCAGGGGACUACUCGAACAUACAACUAGAUUUCAACACUCAAGGGAAUGCCGAAUUGUUACCAUACAUCGAAGAUGUGAAAUCUGUAUUGUCAAAGUUACAAGGUCCAUCAUCAGUUUCUCUAGAAAAAUUACGAAUUGAAUUAGAUUGCAUCAAACUACCAUCUACUAGAUAUUCCAGAACAGAUAUAAUAUCCGCUGUCAAUAAAGUAAUAGAAAAUACUUCGGGGGGUUCGUUAGAUGAGUUAGCUUUUUAUUUACUGCCAAAAGUAAGCUGUGCCACAGAACUUGCAUCAGACGUUGAGUUUCUAUCCUCCAUGAAGGUUUUCAUAAAUAAUAUGAUUUGCUCAAAAGAUAGAAACUUAGCGUAUUCCAGCAUUCAAAUAUGUACGUCAUAUUUUAACCUUGCAUUCAAAACCUUGAGGAAUCUUUCCUGCGAACACCUAACAAUAUUUGAUUCCAUUACAAUAUAUAUAAAAGAUCUAAUCAACAAUGAAAAGGGUGAACAAUCAUUUUUGAAAUUUAUUUCCAAUACGCUUCAGCAUAUAUUCAAGAUAUUCUCUAAGUUUAGACAAUUUAAGAGGAUACGAAAUCUUUCCAACCUCUUUUAUAAUCUUGGGAAUAAAGAAAAGAGCCUGCCAGAAGAUUACUGGAAAAUGGUAAUUUCCUAUGAAUUGUUUAUUUAUAAUUACAAUGCAGAAACUAAGACUACCCAAAAUUUCAAGUGUCUUCAAAGUAAACUUCAGAAAAUUGUUAAUGCGUUAUAUGAGAUGAAAAAGUUCAACGAAUCUACUUCUAUUCUCCUUGGCUUUUUAGUAGACGUCAUCGAUACCAAUAAAACAGGGUUUCAACAAUUAUUCAUAGAUUUAGCUGAAUUUAAAAUGCCCUUGAUAAUCCAAUUGCUAGCUAAGUGUCUAGUAUCUGAUGCGUCUAUAGUGAACUCUAUUUUUGGUGAUGAAAGCAAACUAAGCGAGAAUUUCAAAUGUAUUAUAUUCAUUAAUAUAGUUUUCCUCUUAGAAAAAUCAAACAACGUUAGACAGAAAACUGACUUGACUAAUUAUAUAAUGAAGAAAUUAGAUCUUAAGGAUUCUACUUCAAAGUUGAUUUGUGUUUAUCACUAUUAUAAUUUAAAUGGAUUGAAUUGUUUUGUGGAAGACGCAUUUAUAGACCCUUAUCCUCCAAACGAUUUGAGUAUUCUUUUCCUAAGUGGUGUAUACUUACAAAAAGUAAUAAAUAUCGGAUGGGACGAAGAUACGUUGACAAAUUCUCUCAAGCUAUUCGAAGAGUGGCUUGAAAGAUCUGACCCGGGUGAAAUGUGCGUAAUAGACUAUGAAAUUGAAAUUCUAAGAACACUUGUAAAUUUUUUACAAUACAAUUCUUUGACAGGACGUAUAAUUUGUUUGAUCCAGACUUAUAAGCGGCACCGAUCUACUAUCAGUAGCUUACCUAAGGACUAUCAGAGUAAUUUGUUACUAGAAUUGGAAUUGUGUGAUGCCUGUAUAAAAUUAGGGUUGUCAUUAGAUGCAUCAAGCCAUUUGACUUCUUCAGGUACUUUACUAAAACAAUUAUCAAAGUAUUCCUCAAGUAAUGACUGUUUGCAUUAUGUUUCAAAUCAAGAUAUAAUGAAUUGGAAAUUGCUGCAAUUUGAAUAUUGUUUGCUGAUUGGUAAUAAAACCCAUGCUAAAGAAAAAUUUACUGCAAUUUUGAAAUUUUUAGAUUCAAAGUCAGAAUUUAAUUUAAAGAAUCAAGGUCCAAAUGUUACUCUAGAAAAGAAAUUUGAUAAUUUGUUCAUAAUUGCACGAUUUCAAUUUCUUACAUGUAAACUUAAUGUCCAAUUGUCAAAUUUCUACGAUGCCUUAGAUAAUGUAAAAUUAUCUAUUAAAGUAUUAUAUUCAAUUAUAAAGAAAUUGGGGAAUAAUAUCAGAAAAAUAGCUUACAAUGAAAUGAAAUGGAAGACUGCUUCGUUAUUGUUUGAAUGUUACAAAACUAUAAUAGAUAUUUUUAGGCGUUUGGGAAUAUCGAGAGAUUUAUUAUAUUAUUUACUGGAAUUUAAGAAACUAGAUCUGGCGAGUAUUAUUCCUUUUGUUAAUUGUUCAAAUUCGUUUUAUUUGUCAAACUAUUAUGUUAUUUUAGAUAACCUAGAGGAUGCAUUUUUGUCUUUAAGCCAGGGAAAUAAUAUUUCCGGGCUGAUACUGAUGGAUAAUAGAAAUAUCAGAUAUGCUAGACUUUCAAGCAAUGUACUAUUUUCGGCCGCAAAGUCGAGAUUCAGUGUUGAAAGAAAGGGAAACAAUAAUCAGGUAUUGAUAGAUAUAGAAAGUUAUAAACAAGAAUUUAGUACAUUAUUAAAUUUUUCUUGGAAAGAAUUAGCUAGCAUUCCAAUGUCUUCGUUGAUAUCCAUGUCAAGUAUGAUUGAUUCCAAAUCGGAACGUAUACAACUUCAAUAUUUGUUAUCCUUGUAUGAGCUUGAAUCUACCAUAGAUUUUGGUGACCUCAACCACUUGGAAACUGACCAGUACAGUAGGCUACUCAGUACGAUAGUUUCAGCGAAAAAGCAAAAUUUCAAUGCGUCUAAACAAUUAUUAUCAAUACCUUGCUUUUCGCUGAUGGAUGAAUCGAGUAUUGCAUUACCCUGUAUAAUCAAACAAGAGCACACAUUCCAAAGAUCAAUUGAAAAAAACUACUGCAACAUAUCUACGUCUGUAGAUAUUGUGAACAACUUGAUUCAAGCUAAGGAAAUAUUAAUUAAUUGUUUACCGUCCAAGAGACUAACUCAAUUGUCUAAUUAUGAGUUGAAUGAUUUGAAUAAAGUUUUUUUCAGAUGCUUAUCCUUGCUUUCAUCAGUUGCGAUAUUCAAAUCCAAUUUCUCCUUAGAGGGCGGCCAAAACUCAGUUCUAUCAUACCUUUAUUAUUUGCAAGAUUUACCCAAGUAUCUUCCUUUUUUGAAUGAUAGAUGUGUCAAUCAUGAAACUGUUACAUCGCAAUCUAAUACUAAUGAAUUGCUUCCAUCUGAAGUGAGUGAUGAAUUCAUUAACAAAGAAAUUGAUUUGGUUACCAGCGAUUUUUUUAAAGACUUAGCUGAUUAUUUGCCAAGUUCAUGGAUAAUUAUUACUCUUGAUAUUUGUCCUUACACCGGAGAUUUAUUAUUAUCCAAGUCCCUUAAAGAUUCCUACAACACGCCAUUUUUUUUAAGAAUUCCAUUAAGCAAACGGGGUACUGAAGAUGGAUCCCCUGGAUUGUCGUUUAUUGAAAUGACAAAUUCCUUGAAGUCAAUUAUCAAGCAAAGUGAUAUUUCAACUCGACCUGAGACGACGUCGAAAAUUAAGUCUAAAGAAGAUAGGAAAAAUUGGUGGAAAUUAAGAUUCAGCUUGGACCUAGAAUUGAAGAAUUUAUUAGAUCACGUUGAGAAUGACUGGCUAGGUGGGUUCAAAGGUAUAUUUGAUGAUCCUUUUGUACACAAGCCCUUUUUAUCAACUUUUAGGUUUGAUUUUGGUUGCUUGUUAAAUGAAAUAUUACCAUCACGGAUGCUGAAGAUAGCAGAGGAUACAUUUAUGGAUUUUGAUGAUAAUGUAUUAGAAUUGUUUCUUAGUAUGAGUGGAAUGUUUUCAGAGAGUACUUCAGAAAUAAGUGGUUCAGAGUUUAGACAUAAGAACUAUAAACUUCUCAAUGAUUUAAUAUACUUCAUUCUCGAUUCAUUAAUGUAUCAUGGGGAGCAAAACGCAUAUGAUGAGAUUGAUAUUGAAAAGUUUCAUUCCUUACUAGAUAAAUUGUUAAUGACGUACGCUCAGAAAAAGAGGAGACUAUUGCCUCAAGAGCAUCAUAGGGAAACGCAUAUAAUAUUUGUGCCGAGUGCAGAAUGUUCAUCAUUUCCGUGGGAAUCACUCAAUUGCUUGAAAGGUAAAUCUAUUUCGAGAGUUCCAUCUAUCGGAAUCCUAGUUGACAUGUUAAAAACUAGGUAUAAAUCAUUCAAUAUAAAUAAAUCAGAUAAUCUAUAUUAUUUGAUCAACCCUGGAGGUGACCUAACCCGAACGCAAACAAAAUUUAAACCUUUAUUUAUUGAUAAAGAAAAUUGGGAGGGUCUAAUUGGUGUACAACCCGAUGGAGAGGAGAUUCUUCAUAAGCUUACGGGAAAGGAUUUAUUUAUUUAUUUGGGCCAUGGAGGAUGUGAGCAAUUUAUACGUACUUCAUCGUUAUUUAAGGCUGCAUGCAACAACGAUAAUCAUAGUUUACCACCUAGUUUAUUGAUAGGGUGUUCUUCAGGAGCGUUGAAUUAUAAUGGGCUAUUAGAACCAAAUGGUAAUAUUUACAACUGGCUUACAUGUGGAUCACCCAUGGUGGUCGUUAAUUUGUGGGACGUUACUGACAAGGACAUUGAUAUGUUUAGUUUAUCAGUUUUUGAAAGAUGGGGCUUACUAGAGAAUGUUGAAAGUUCGAAUAAUGUCAACAUCUGCCAAGCGGUAGGUGAUAGCCGACAACAAUGUACUUUAAAAUACCUAAAUGGGUCCGCGCCUGUAGUUUAUGGCUUACCAAUGCUUUUAAAAUAA